GUUUGCCAGCACGACGCGUUAGUGUGUUUCGGUUGAUUCUUCCAAAGUUUGUUAUUGAGGAGUUUCGUAUUUAUAUAAUAGAAAUCAAAUACAAUGGAGAAGCUAGCGUCGGCCAAAACGUGUCUUAAACUGUUGCAGGUUAUGCCCGGCGUGCAGCAGGCGGCCGUUCUUCCUGGUUGUGGCCUGGGCGUACUGGCUACUCCGGUGCAGAAUCUGAUCCAGAUGCAGCAGGUGCGCCACCGGCAGACCAAGCACUGGAGGCCCGAGUUCAAGCGCUUGCGUAAGUUCAAGUUCGUGAAAAUGGAUCUGCCCAAUCUGCGUGAGAAACAGGAGGACAUCUCCAAGGAGGAGAUGCGCAGCCGGAUGAAGGAGCGAGGUGUCUUGCCGCCCCGUCCUUGGAUGGAGCGACCUUUCCACAUAAGCUGCACGGGCGGUAUCUUCGAGGCUUAUGUUCCUCCCGAAGGCGACGGCAAGAAGUCGAUCAUUUCAACAUCGGGUGCUAAGCAGAAGUUUGAGUUUCUGGAGAAGAAAUCCAAGAGUUUGAUGGCCGUGCGCAAGAUUCGUUCCUACGAAGAAAGCUUUAGCUCCGAUGAUUUCGGCGCCGAGGCCCAGGAUAUUUACAUCCAGGCGCACACCCACAUGGCCGCCAAGGACAAGUACAAGAUCCGCGAGUUCGUCAGCGAACGCUGUUAUCCGGAGAUGAUGCACAACGUCAAGGACAAGACCAUUCGCUGGAAGUUCCUGCAGUCGCUGGAACCCCCGCGCGUUGUCCAUGCCCGCGUGACUGAGGUGAUUACCAAGGAGAACCAGUUCGCUCAAGUCACCGUGCGCUUCCACAGCCAACAGAUGCUAGCCAUCUACGACCGCUUUGGUCGUCUGAUGCACGGCAGCGAGAUCGUCACCAAGGACGUGCUGGAAUAUGUGGUGUUUGAAAAGCACAUUUCGAAUGAAUACGGCAAAUGGCGGCUGCACGACAAGAUCAUCCCCGACUGGUUGCCGGCCAAGCAGCCCGCUCCCAUCACCUAUCGUCUCAUCGAGGAUGAAGAGGAGCCACCCAAGGAACUGAGUGCCGGUGAUGCCGAGGUAAAGCAGGUGGACUCAGUCAGCGAACAACCCAAGGAGCAACUGCAGCUGGCCACCCCGGUGGAGAGCCAUACCAAGCCGUCGCUGGCCAUUUGAUUGUACUUUUUGUGGGCCGCCUGGCGGCUCAGAAGAAUGCGUGUUAAUAUUGCCUAAUGCUUUUUGAGUCGUCAUUUGGUUAAAUUAUAAUUUUUAAAACUGUUA